UUUUUGAUUCAUAUUCUUAUCUUUCAUUUCAUGUUUCAAUAAUUAUUAUGUUCAUGUUUAACACGUAAAUUCAGUUGUUUAUAUACAUCAUAUUCUACGACAAAUUUGAUUAGUGCUCUACAAAGGUGCUUUGGCAAAGGGCAACGUAGUGUCAAGAUGGCAAACAUUCCGGAAUGUCCGCCCAGUCUGAAAUCCAUCCAGCACUAUUUGAAGGUAGCUACAGAACAUGAGUCAAGGGAUCCAGUGAUUGCCUAUUGGUGCAGGCUACAUGCCUUACAAGUUGGUCUUAAGGCAACAACAAAGAAAACCCCAGAAGAGACUAAAGUUUUAAUGGCAUUAAUGGACUGGUUAGAAGAAAUCAAAAAAAGCAUGAAAGACAAUGAAGCCAUCAGCAAUGAAGUGGCGGGUCAGGCCCAUCUGGAGAAUUACGCUUUAAGACUGUUUCUAUUUGCUGAUAAGGCAGACAGAGAACAGAAUUAUGGAAAGAACAUGGUGAAAGCAUUUUACACAGCCGGCAUGAUCUAUGACGUGCUGACGACAUUUGGAGACCUGACAGAUGAAGCCGUGCAGAACAGGAAGUAUGCUAAAUGGAAGGCGGCCUACAUCCACAACUGCUUAAAGAAUGGAGAAGCACCUGUCCCAGGUCCAAUCCAAGACGAGGAACAAGACGAUGAUUCAGAAGUGACGAACCCCGCACCCGCCUCAGAUCCCGCGGCCGCCGCGUCAGCGUCCGGCUUCCCUCAGGUGCCCGCGUACUCGCAGCUCCCGCCCGGCAGCCUCCCCGACCCCACCCUCGCCAUGCGCGCCGCCUCCCAGCUCCCCAACGUGCCCUACACGCCUGACCCCAACCCGGGCGGGUUCGUGCCCUACGACCCCGCGCUGCAGCCCGCCCCCGCCCCCGCCCCCGGCCCCGGCCCCGCCGUCGCCGCGCCCGCCUCCCUCUACGGAGACAACACGAGCGCCGCCCAGCUCACGCCGGACCAGAUAGCUAAAGCCCAGAAGUACUGCAAAUGGGCGAGCAGCGCUCUCAACUACGAGGACAUGAAGACGGCCAUCACUAAUCUCAAAAAUGCCUUGGAACUGCUGCAGACUGGAAGAGACCCGGCUUGAAGUUUUGAAUUUUUUUUUAUUUGCAGCCCACUGUUAUCCGUUUUGGAAUCGAGGCAGCAGGUGAUAUUACAUUAUAUUUAUUUGUUGAAAUCAAAUAUCAAUCCUUGAUAAAAAGAGGGUGUAAUCUUAAAGUCCAGGCCGAUUUGUGAUAUUCUUGAUCCAAUUUUCUAUUGACUAAAUUUUAUACAAUGAGAAUGAGAGUAGUUAUGUAUUUUAUACACCUCUAAUACACUCGAUAACUCUUUGCUAAUACAUAGAAAGUUCCGAAUUAGCAACAUUUCGAAUCGUAGUAAUUAGUUGCAGAAACAUAAAGUUUGCUUCAUAGAAAUUUGAUAAUACCACUUAUUGACUUAUGCGCAUGUCGCCUUAUAUUAUGUAUAUUAUUUAUUUGAAAUAUACUUAAAACAGUUGUAUAGAUACAGUACUCACAUUAAAUACUUAGUUUACGGGUAAGCCUUAACAAGUAUUAUCCAAUAUGAUUGUACUAAAGAACAGCUUUAAUCAUUUUCGCGUUUUAUUUAAACCAAAAGUAGAUUUUACAGAUAGAAAUAAAACCAAAUAAUUCUCUUUCCAUUUAUUCAAACAAUCACACUUCAAACACGACGCACAUCACACAAAUAAAUAAUACAAUUAUCUAAUUUUAUCAAAAUUGCAAUGAUUAUUAAAUAGUUUGUCAUCUCCAAUCAAUGUGAAGUUUCUAAUGGGUAACAAUCAUUAUGUUAAGAUGAAUAUAGGUACCUAAAAGGUUACAUAUCAUAAUAAUUGUUUAUUGAUAUCUACACGAACAUACGUGUUCUUUUGACGUCAUGAUGUUAACAGAAUUAAUUAAGUAAUUAUUAAAUACAUAGCUAAUCUACAAGACUCCCUUUGAGCAAAUAAGACACCACAAAAUGACGACAUAAGGGUGCUUUAACCAAAGAUAUAUCUUUGUGCAUUAGUUGGCUAAACCUACUAAUAAUAAUAUAUAAUACAGUGGCAGUUGACGUAGUCCCGGCCUAAAUGGCAUACGCAUUGCUAUCACAUACUACUCGCACAUACAAAAUGAACCUAGUGCUUAGGUAUCGCUUAAAUUAAUAUCACUUUUAGGUACAAACAGCUCCUGUCGAGAGGAGAGUCGGAGCACGAUUUAAUGUUGUUGGUGAUCUAAUGACGGCGUUUCGAAACGGCUGUUGUCAAGUAACUUAACUAAAACAACGGCGAGCGACUAGAGUAAAUCACAGAAAAGUGACAAAAAGUCGUAACGACAGGAUUUGUAAAACAACAUUUUACAAUAACAUUAUUAAAUUAAUAAAUAUGCAAAAUGCAUUACGAAUUCCAAUUUAUACCUCUCGGUAUUGUUGAAAUUUGAAAGCAAUUGGUGCAAAUAAAGAAUGGAUGAA